AUGACCAGCAGUUCUACCUCAGCCGCAGAUGACCUUGGCAGCCAGCAGAGACUUGAGCGCUUCGAUGGAACAGAUCCAACGCUAUACCGGCGCUGGAAAAGGAGGGCUCAGAUCAUGAUCGCAGGGCUCCCGACAACGGUGCCAAAGGAGAAGUAUGGACCUCGCUUGAUGGAGUAUGUCAAGGGUGAGGCCGAGAUUCUGCUUGAGAGUGUUUCCUUGGAGACGCUCUGUGCCGAUGGAGGAGACAAGGCGAUCUUCAAGCUUUUCGACGAGAAGUACUCUCCGCAGCCGGUGGACCUGUUGCACACCGCCCUUAAGACCUUUUUCUACGAGUUGCAAGCCAAUCCAGGAGAGAGCUAUCGGCAGUUCUAUGUUCGGUUCACUUCGGCGAACCGUCUUCUUGAGGAACAGGAUGGCUACUUGUUGCUGAAGAAGUUGCGCUUGGAUUCCAAUCAAGAGGCAAUGGUGCUGACCGCGGCGGCCGGUGACAUGGCGCAGGUGUGGAAGGCUGUGCAGAGCAUCUUCCCAGAAGGGAAGGCAGGACCGGCGCCCAAGCAGCGUGAGGCCUUUCAAGCAGAGGCCCCGAAUGAAGAGGACGAGGUGCAGAUGGUCAUGGAAAGCGUGGCGGAGGAGAUUCAGGACAAUGACCUUAGCGACGAGGGGGCCGUGGAAGCCUUCGAGAGCUACGCUGAGGUUCGCAAGCGGCUGCUGGAAAAGAAGAAGGCAAGGGGCUUCGCACCGGUGCCAAGAGCCAAGCCGGGCGACGAGCAGAGGUGGAAGCUGACGGGCAGCGUGAAUGCUCGGCUGGAAUCCUUGAAGGCGAGAACGCGAUGGUACCUUUGCAAACGGCUGGGACAUUGGAAGCGCGAGUGCCCGGGGAAGAAGGCCAAUGGACCGCCAGACCAGAAGGAGACGCACCUGGCCGAAGACCAGGUGCUGAUGACCGAAGGCUGGGAUGAGGACUUCUUCCUGCACGAGGGCGAGGGCACAGUGGUUCCGGACCGUGUCAUGAACCCCGCCGGCGAUGAUGAGCCAGAUGUGCUGAGCGCAGAGACGGAGAGCGUGGCUGCGUUUGUGCACAAAGGUUUUCCAGAAGUUUUUGAAGCAGAGAAUGCUGCCAGCCUUGACUCGAGUGGCGUGCCGGACACAGCCUGUCGCAAGACUCUCGUGGGCGAGUACACGUUGGAGUGCAUUUGCAAGCGAUUGCAGACUUAG